GAUGUUUAGCCUGGUAUAUGUUUAUUGUCAGACAUUUAAUUUUGCAGGUUGACAUGUUUAACGUAUUGCCAUGCCUCAUGUUUGUGUUCUUUUUGAUAUUUGUGAAAUCAGGCCUGUCUUAUAAAAAUUAUCCUCCUGAGUGUCUUGCCGUAGAUGAUACUGUCGGACAGGCAAAAGACCAGCAGUUUAAUGCAAUAUUAGAGUGCUUAGUGUUUGAAUUAGAUUUAUCUACAGUCGAUGUCAUAUGGUACAAAGAAAACAGAAGAACAUUAGAAAAAGAAAAAAUCAAAGAAAAUUACAAAUUUGCAUUAAAACACAAAGACGAAUUGUACACACUGACAAUAAAAAAUGUACGAGGAAAUGAUUAUGGAGACUAUUAUUGUACAGUGAAGAAUAAAUAUGGAAAGAAUCAAGUUAAGAUUACACUUUUUGAAAACAUGGAAUGUCAGGGGACAGACUGUCCAAAUUACUAGUAGAAUUUGGAGAUAAGAAAGGGACAUUUACCAAUGAUGGGUUUAUUAUUAAAUAAAGAUUUGGUUCAUUAAUACACUAGAAACUAACUGUAUUGCUGAUAAAUAAGUUAAAAAAAGUAUUGAUGAAAAAUUGCAUAAGUCUCUUAUUUGUAUCAUGGAAUAAAUUGCAUUUAUUAAAUAUCA